CACGGACACGUGAUGCGCCUCGGCGCGCAUCAGGGCCGGCGCGUCACGUGAGCGGAGGGCGGUGACGUAGGAGCGGCGCUGAAGAUGGCGGAGUACCUGGCGUCGAUAUUCGGUACCGAGAAGGACAAGGUCAACUGUUCAUUCUAUUUUAAAAUUGGAGCUUGUCGUCAUGGAGACAGAUGUUCUCGUUUGCACAACAAGCCUACAUUCAGUCAGACCAUCUUGAUUCAAAACAUCUACCGUAAUCCCCAAAAUAGUGCGCAGACGGCAGACGGCUCACACUGUGCUGUUGGUGAUGUUGAAAUGCAAGAACAUUAUGAUGAGUUCUUUGAGGAGGUCUUCACAGAAAUGGAAGAAAAGUAUGGUGAAAUCGAAGAGAUGAAUGUCUGUGACAAUCUGGGUGAUCACCUGGUUGGAAAUGUCUAUGUAAAGUUUCGCCAUGAAGAAGAUGCAGAAAAGGCUGUGAAUGAUCUAAACAAUCGCUGGUUUAAUGGACAGCCUAUCCAUGCAGAGCUCUCACCCGUGACUGAUUUCAGAGAAGCCUGCUGCAGACAAUAUGAAAUGGGAGAGUGCACCCGGGGAGGCUUUUGCAACUUCAUGCAUCUGAAGCCAAUUUCACGGGAGUUACGCCGUGAGCUUUAUGGACGUCGUCGCAAGAGACACAGGUCAAGAUCGAGAUCUCGUGAGCGCAAGCGUUCCAGGUCACGGGAAGCGUGGAGGGGUGGUGGGCGGGAUCGAGACCGUGAUCGUAGGCGCUCCAAGGAUCGUGAACGAUCUGGAAGGUUCUGAGGAUCUGACAUCAGUCUGCAUGACAGCUCAUAUAGAAGGACCACAAACCAAGAUGUGAUUGGAAUUUAAUACUUUUUAUGUUCAAGUUUAAAAUAAACCUCGGUUCGUUUCUUUUUGAUGUCCAGUAAACCUUUUUAAAAUAAAAAUGGAGCUGAUGCUAGCUGACUUGCAAUGCCAGUUCCAGUUUUUAGCUAA